AUGGCCGACAACGAGAUUGCAACCAGAGCGCCCGAGAGCGAUGCGCAAGAAACACCCGCACUUCAUGUGCCUUCUCCCGCUGCGCCAGGCCAGAGCCCCAUUCCUGGCGACAGCAUAGCCCAGGAAGGUCCAACCAUGGGUGAACAUUGCACAACAGACAGGCCUACGCCAGAGGGUGAAGUACCCUCUGGUGAAUUGACGAAGCUCGGCGGUGUCGACGUAUACGUAACGAAGCCCUCAGACUAUCCGCAUUCACCUUCCAAGCUCCUGCUGCUCCUUACAGGCGGUACCGGUAUCAAGUCUACGAACAACCAGCUCCAGGCCGACAAAUAUGCCGCCGAGGGCUACCUAGUCGUUAUGCCAGACCAGUUCGACAAUGACCCCGCUCCCAACACGGUCAACAUGGCCGAGCUCACAAAGGACGCGUCAUGGCUCGAAACAAUCAAGAUGAAGAGUGCCGAGGGUAUCAAGUCUUUCAUGAUUGAUAUGUGGCUCGCAAGGCAUACACCUGAGAAGGUCAUGCCGAUUCUGCACAAGGUAGUCGAGGGCGCGAAAGAAGAGUUCGCUGAUGCGGUUGCCAACGGGGGCGGCAUCUAUGGCGUGGGCUACUGCUUCGGUGCCAAGUAUAUCCUCAUACUGGCAGGUGAGCAUCCAGACACAGUAGCUUGGGGUCAAGAAGCACCCAAGGAUGAGGAACAGGGCACGGUGAAGAAAGCACCUGUCAUCAAGGCCGGAGCCAUCGCUCAUGGCACGAUGGUGACGAAAGAAGACCUGGAAGCAGUGAAGACGCCCAUGUACAUCGUCGCAGUCAAGGACGACCCGCUGUUCCCAGAAGAGGAGGUUCUCACUCCCGGACGGCAAACAUUGGAGAAGAACCAGGUCGAACAUGAGGUUCAGGUCUUCUCGGGUGUGCCUCACGGCUUCGCGGUCUACGGGGACUACGAUGACUCGAAAAUCAAGCAGGCACAGACUCAGGCGUACGGUCUAAUGCUUGGCUGGAUACAGGCACACUAG